AUCCAUCGCUAUGACCCUGCAAAUUCCAACUGUGACUAUUGCAGACCUCCAAGCCUUCCAAGCAAAGCACUUCCCCGGACAUGAAAACCCCCUUACAUUUGAUUACACCUCUGGCUGGAACAAUGUGGACGAAGAAGUAGUAGAUGACAACGACGACCUCGGAUAUUAUCCUGAUGGGGUGAAGCGGACCCUCACGGAUGAGCAGAUCGAAAUCUUCAGACAUAGCGAGAUUCAUUCCUUUCUGCGUGAGAAGCGGUUGAGAGAGGAGGCUCUCGCUGAGUCUAGAGGUGAACAUGAAGGUGAAGAUGUAGAUGUUGAUGUUCAUAUGGAAGGGAAACGGGAGACCAUCCAGACAGUGCCUCGGAAAGAGAUGGCCAGCAACCAGGAGUUGGAUCACUCUUCGCGACCAGGAGGUGCAGCUUCCAGAGGAAACUCUACGAAUAACGUACCCGGUAAUCAUCAAUCUAGCGCUCUGGAUUACGGUGAGGAUGAAUCUGUGGGUGAUUCACCGAAGGAUUCCCCAUUGCAUGCUCACGUCAUGGGGCGCAGGAUUGUGUCUUACGAUGAUUGAGACAUAUUGCUAUUAUGGCUUGCAAGCUACGUCUUUCUAUAGCAUGUCUGUAUAGCAUCCGGGCAACAAAAUGCAGGAAUGCAAUUCCGUUGCUCCAAUGGCAACUGAGCUUUGGUAUAUCCCUGUCCCGAUCUCAGACUGGUUUUGUUGGUUGAGGCACUGACAGCAUGUCGUAGGUGUUGCGAUACUGAUACUGUCUGCGUGGUAAAGAUUCCACUCCGGAUAUUGCUGAGUGGUAUUGACUAUUUGCCGCAUAGUCAACCGGGCUUUUGCCAUCCAUGGAUUAGUAGCAUGGCUCUUCUAUUUAUUACCUUUCCUCCAAAAACCUGGGCUUUCCAAGUCAAACAUAGAAGGUCUCCUGACAUAUGGAUUAUACCAAGCCCAGGGUUCCUUAAGCGAAUCACUCCAAUCGACAUAGAGACGCUCAUAUACGUCCAGCCGACGUUCCAUUCGUCCUCCUCCGUCCUCCUCCGCUGGAUCUCUCCGCGUCUCUAUAUAUGAGUGAUUGGUGUGAUGGUAGGAGGCCUGUUCUUUUUCCGUACUUGAGAGAGCCCUUGGCUUUUCUAUGAGUCGGACCAUGCGCUCCCAGGCUUUGCCGUCUGGGUAACUGCAGCAGUAGAUGCUGACGCCCCAGGGGAGAUCCGGUUUCAAGCAGAGGGAGGAACGUGGCACUCUCGAUUCUUGUAUAGCUCUUCCACAGUACACAUAAUGCAUUUUCC